AUGGAAAUUCGCCGGCGUAAAACCCCAUUAUUACCGUUAUCGUCGGAGGAAUACCGUGCGGUGGCCUGCUGGAUGAGAGAGUUUACUUUAUCGAAGCCCAUCAAAAACAUUUCCCGUGAUAUGUCGGAUGGAGUUAUGGUGGCCGAAAUCUUGAAGAGUCUGUUUCCCAAGAUGGUCGAACUGCACAACUAUGCCCGCUGCAACUCGAUGCAAAACAAGCUGAGCAACUGGCAAACGCUUAACCGGAAGGUGCUGCGCCGCUUAAACAUCUAUCUGGACGAGCGAAUGAUGCAGGAUUUAGCUAGUGGAAACAAUGGUACCCUGGAAAUACUGCUACACGAGCUGAUGAUUCGCCACCGGCAGAUGAAAGACAACGAGGACAACGGAAUGGAACAGCCACUUCAGCGACCAUUUAUCAUGUUACGAUAG